AUGAGAUCUGCAUCCAUCCUCUCCGCGGCACUGGCUGCCUUUGCUCCCCUGGCCUCGGCCGCGGACGCCGUCGUUGGCGCCGCUGAAGGCUUUGCCAAGGGCGUCACUGGCGGUGGCAGCGCCACCCCCGUCUACCCUUCCACUACUGCCGAGCUUGCCUCCUACCUCAAGGACUCUUCUGCUCGCGUCAUUGUCCUGACCAAGACCUUCGACUUCACCGGUACCGAGGGAACUACCACCGAGACUGGCUGCGCGCCCUACGGCACUGCUUCGGCUUGCCAGGUUGCAAUUAACAAGGACAACUGGUGCACCAACUACCAGCCCAACGCCCCCAAGGUCUCUGUCAGCUACGACAAGGCGCCUUUCUCACCUCUCAUAGUCGGCAGCAAUAAAUCUAUCAUAGGAAGGGGUUCUGCGGGUGUGAUCAAGGGCAAGGGUCUUCGCAUUACCAACUCUGCGAAGAACGUCAUCAUCCAGAACAUUCACAUCACGAACCUGAACCCCAAGUACGUCUGGGGAGGUGAUGCUAUCUCUCUGGACGGCACCGACCUCGUUUGGAUCGACCACGUCAAGACCUCUCUGAUCGGUCGCCAGCACAUCGUCCUCGGCAACGGUGCCUCUAACCGUGUCACCAUCUCCAACAACGAGAUUGACGGUUCUACCUCUUGGUCUGCCACCUGCGAUAACCACCACUACUGGGGUGUCUACCUGACCGGCAGCAACGACAUGGUUACCUUCAGCAAGAACUACAUCCACCACACCUCCGGCCGCUCCCCCAAGGUUGCUGGAAACACUCUACUGCAUCUUCAAGGCAAUUACUUCUAUGAAAACUCAGGCAGGUCUUUUCUUUAUCUUUUGAAGCUUUUGAAGCGUCACGCCAUGGAGGCUGAUGCUGGUGCCAAGGUCGUCGCCGAGGGCAACGUCUUCCAGAACGUUGUUGCUGCCAUGCAGUCUGGUCUGGCCGGCAAGGUCUUCUCCAGCCCCGAUGCCAACACCAACGCUCAGUGCUCCAGCUACCUCGGCCACACCUGCCAGCUCAACGCUUACGGCAGCUCUGGCUCUCUCUCCGGCUCCGACACCAGCAUUCUGUCCAGCUUCUCUGGCAAGAACGUCGCUGCCACUGUCACCGCCAACGACGCCAAGAACGUCCCCAACACCGCUGGCUUUGGAAAGAUCUAA